GCUAAAUUGUCUCUAACACUCACUACCCAUUACCCUAGCCACUAACCUCCGCCCAUGUCCGGUUAGGGCAAGCCAGGGUCAUCACCCCCGUAGAGACACACUUGGCACCCAUCCUAAGAAAAGAGCUACUCUCAACCUUCAAUACCACUAUUCACCUUGGAAAUUAAAAUCCUCGACCAAAAGCCUAUAAGUAACCAUGACCCUCCUCAUCCCCAUCAUCCUUCUAUCACUCAUUCUAAUAUACAAACACCUCCUCUACCCCGCAUUCAUCUCCCCACUCACCAACCUCCCCCACGCCCACUUCACCACCCACUUCACCAACCUCUGGAUGAGAUGGCACCGAUAUCAUGGCCAAGCAAACAAAACCAUUCACCAUGCCCACAAAAUCCUAGAACCCAUAAUCCCCCUCGGUUCAACAGAAGUAAGCGUGAAUACCCCCGACGCAUUGCGAAUAGUGUACAGCGACAUCUGCGAUCGUGAUGAGUGGUACAGCCGGGUUUUUCAGACUUAUGGGUAUUAUCUCUUAUCAUCUAACAUGAAAAGUGACGUUUAACCCACAUGGGUAUGCUAAUAGAACAUAGAAUCCAAAAUAUGUUCUCCUAUACACAGCGUAAACCCCAUGCAGCACGGAAGCGGGUUGUAGCGUCGCUGUAUAGUAAAUCGACGUUGUAUUCGUCGCCAGAAAUGAUGAUUAUAUCUCGGAUCUUGGUGAAAGAGAGGGUUUUGUCUAUUCUGGAUAAGAGGGCACGAGAUAAGUCGCCGGCUGAUGUACUGGAGCUUGGGUCGUCGUUUGCGAUGGAUUUUAUCUGUGCUUAUUUAUUUAGGAUAAAGUGCGUACCGGACUUUCUGAGAUGCGAGACAUCUAGAAGGGAUUGGUCGGGUGCGCAUAGACGAACAAAUAUGGGAUUUGGUCUGAGUUCCCGGGUUUGGUAUCUCUCCUGCGAAGGGUGGGGGUGAAGAUUAUACCGGAUUCAGUGGUGGAAGGUGGUGAAAGAGUGAGGAAGUUAUGCCUUGUUCUGAUGGAGCGAGUAGAGAAACGUAUUGAAUCAUGAGCAGCUUACAAGGCAGCUUUUUCAAUCUUUAGAAUAUCACUCUCCGGAGAGGUCCCAAGAAAAGGGCGAUGACUAUGUUCUACAUGAACUUUCUGGGCCUGAGGGAUUGAUGGGAGUCGCUGUGACCGACUGGUCGUCGGAGUACAGCUCUGCAGGCGAGCUGGCCAGCUGCUUUGGCUCUUCCAUACCGUUGAUUGAUCAAAAGUCACAAAAUGUCAAUGUAUCAGGUAGGACAAGGACAGUUUUCAGCAGAGCAGUAGAGAGACCAGACAUGACCGAAAAUUUUGAACGUUGCAAUGGAUCAUGCUGGGAUUAACUGCGAGGAGUAGGUAG